GCCAGUGAGUUCAUAUGUCAGAGUUCCUCAUCAGCCUCCUCCUCCCUCCUACCCCACAAAGAAAACUAGAGAUAUAGUUAAAGGGCAGAGUCUGGCAAAAGGCAAAGCAAACCCCAACCAUGGCUGUGGACAGCCCUGUUACGGAACUAGACAAAAUUCUUGAUGCCGCUAAAAGGAAAAAACCUGAGGAGCUACUGGUCACGUAUAAGGGGGUGCUAUACCCUAGUGCACUGUGUCGUGCUGAGACCUUCCAAGCAUUGGACAUCAUGGAAGUUAGAAAAGAUGAUGUGUUCCUAGUUGCUUAUCCUAAAUGUGGAACAACUUGGGUUAAACACAUUUUAAAUGACUUAACAUCUGCAGUUUUAAAGAAUAAGGGGGAGGUACCACCAACAGACCAUACGCAACUGCUUGAAUUUGGAGUUCCAGAAAAAUUUCAGAAAAUAAAAAGUUUUCCUUCACCACGUGUUUUUGUCACACAUCUCCAUUAUGAUAAUAUUCCCAAGGCUGUUUUUGGAACUAAAGCAAAGGUACUAGUGGUAUUUCGAAAUCCAAAAGAUGCAGCUGUAUCCUAUUACCACUUCUACAACAAAAAUCCUGGGCUUCCAAAUGUCAGCUCCUGGGAUGAGUUCUUUCAGAAGUUCAUGAGUGGAGAAGUCUGCUGGAGCUCAUAUUUUGACCAUGCUCUUGCCUGGAACAAACACAUGGAUGAAGAGAAUAUCAUGAUCAUCACAUAUGAAGAAAUGAAAGAGAACUUACUUGGAGGAGUGAAACAAAUAGCUCAAUUUUUGGGGUUCUCUCUGCCUGAGGAGAAGAUUCAGUCUACUGCAGAGAAUGCCACAUUCGAAUCAAUGAGCAGUAAAUCCCAAGAAACACAUGGCAAAUUAGGUUCCAUCUUUUUCAGAAAAGGUACUGUUGGAGAUUGGAAGAAUCGGUUCACUGAGGCUCAAAGCCAAGAAAUGGAUGCCAAAUUUGAAGAAUGUUUAGCAGGAACAAAACUUGGAGCCAGGCUAAAAUAUGAUAAAUACUGCAAAUGCUAAAUCUUUGAAUAUCAGAAUG